AUGUCGUACCCUUUAAAGGGCCGCAACGUCCUCGUCACAGGCGGAUCACGAGGACUCGGAGCCCUCGUCGCUCAGAAGUUCGCAUCCGAAGGCUCGAACAUCGCCAUUAAUUAUGCCUCGAGCAAAGAUGCUGCCGAGAAGCUCGCAUCUGACAUCCAGUCUCAGUUUGGUGUGAAGACGAUUACCAUUCAGGGUGAUGCAAGCCUUGCAGACGACUGUAUCAAAGCCGUCAAGACAACCAUUGAGCAACUGGGUGGGUUGGACAUCGUGAUAUCUAACGCCGGAUGGACCAAGAUUACACAGUUCAACGAUUUGCAUGCCAUGAAUGAUGACGAUUGGGACAGAUGCUGGUCGACCAACGUUAAAGGCAAUAUGUACCUGUUCCGAGAGGCAUUGCCAACCUUCAAUGCGAAUCCCGACGGCGGUGUCUUCCUUAUGACUUCGUCUACUGCGGCCGUUUCGCCAGCUGGAAGCAGUUUGCCUUAUUCUGUAACAAAAGCAGCAGGUUUGCAUCUCAUGAAAUGUCUCGCGCAGACUCAGGGAAGUAAGGUCCGGGUUAACUCCGUUCUUCCUGGUCUUUUAUUGACGGAAUGGGGCAACCGAUUCCCUGCCGAGAAGAUCCAGGGCUAUAAGGAUAUAUCUGUCCUCAAAAAAGUGCCUGAGCUUGAAGACACGGCCAAUGCGUACAUCAUGCUCGCUCAGAACUCAUCCAUGACGGGACAAGGAAUACAGAUUGACGCCGGGUUUACCAUCAAAUAA